AUGUCUACCGUAGUAGACAAAAUGGAGACAGAUAUUCAAGCUCUCCAACUAGAUGAGCUUUCCAGGAAUCAAGUUUCUGCUCCAACUUCUUCUACGGCAGAGCCUACCGUCAAGCUUCCUGUAGCUCGAAAAAGAUUCCAAGCAACAAGAAAGAGACGAUUCUACACUGAAGAAGUCGUAGAGACGGUUCUAAAGCUGUACUAUGUAGACAGAUUUCCAGCUACAAAAAUUGUCCGAGGUUUAGAUAUUCCAGUAUCCACUGUACGUUUAUUGAAUAUGGCUGCAAUUCCUGCAGAUCAACGUGAUAGCGUUAUUCCUCUCUUGAAAUCUGGAGUCAGCACAAGAGAAGUAGCUAAAAGGGUUGGAAUUAGUCUUGGUGGAGUAUCCAAAAUUGGAAGACAAAAUUGCUUUAACAGAGAUAAGAAUAAAGGCGGAAGACAUAGUAUCUUGACUGCAGCAGAUAAAAGGCAUUGCGUGCAUUUAGUAACCAAAGGGCGUCUAGAAAAUGCGGUUGAAGUCCAAAAACAACUAAAAAUGGAUUAUACACUAGGUGAAAAAACUGGUGCAUAA